AAUUCGAUAAACAAAUUACAAUAUCUUAUAAUAUAGUUUUCCCCUUCCCUCCAUUUGUCUCCAUUUUCUCCUCUCAAAGCUUCCAUUUGUCAAACCUGAGCCUCCAUUUUUGUUUUCUCUUCUCCAAAAGCUUCAAAAACAACAUCAAUGGAGGACGAAGAAGAAACACAGCAAAUACUAAAAGUUCUCGAAGCACUAAAACAAGCUUCACAACAACUACAAUCCAAUCCAGAAUCCGAUUCAUCCGAAUCCGACUCAUCUUCAUCCGCGAUUAAAGCUUUACUCGACCUCAACACCGACUCCGAUUCACUUCUCUCCUCCGACCCAAACCUCUUAAACCUCUCUCACCAUCUCUCCGAUCUCAAAACCCUAAUCUCUUCCUUACAUAAAUCCAAACACAAACAUGGUAGAAUCAAAUCAUUCCUCACUCGUCGAGUCAAAACUCAUGAAAUCACACGAGUCGCCGAAUCAAUCGAAUCGGAAAUUCAAGCUUGGAUUGAUCGAGAAUCGAUUACGAAUUUCACUAAUCAGCUCCAACAAAUCCGUUUGGAAUCAAAUUCAUCACAAUACGAAGAAGAAGAAGAUGAAAUUGUUGAGAAAUUAACUCUUUUCCACGAUCGAUUAAGUCAGGGUUUCAACAUAAACCUUCAGGAUUUGUUGUUGAAAUCAAAAAUUUUGUCAGAACUUGAAUUUCUUCUCUGCUGCAACUGUAAUGUGCCUCAAAAAGUGCGUGAAAAAGCCGGAUACGCUUUGAAAGAAGUUGUACUUUUCAACAAAGACGUUUUUGUAGGGCAAGUAUUAACGGGUCAAACAAUAAAAGCUUUAAUUUCAAUGGAUUCAUUGUGUUCGUUGGAAGUUUUAUCUUCGCUCAUAAAAGCAAUUAGAAGUCCUCUCGUUGAUGUAAUCGAAUCCGUUGGUGGAAUUUGCAAGGCAAUUUCGUACUUAAACUCAGAUGAUUUGGCAAUGAAGGUAACGGCGAUGGAUUUCGUACUUGAAAUCGGAUAUUUUGGGAGAAAAGAAGCUGUAGAAGCAAUGUUGAAUUGCGGGUUGAUUAAGAAAUUGGUGGAAUUACAGAGGUCUGAUUUAGGUGGUGAUUUGAUUGAUUUAGGAAAAGUUCAUUUGGAAAGUGAAGAAGAAGAAGACGACGAAGACAAAGGGAAGACGAACAAGAAGAAGAAGAAGAAGAAAAGGGGAUACGGAGAAAAGAGAUUUUUAGAGAGACAUCCAUUUGCAAGCUGUGUAGCAAGAUUUACAGUACAAUUGGAAGUAGGAGAAGGAUUAAGGCAAAGAGAAAAAAGGGGAUUUAAACAAGAAAUAUUGAAGAAGAUUAGAGAAGCUUGCAAUACUGAUGCUGAAGCUGCCACCAUUGUUGCUGAGGUUUUAUGGGGUUCUUCGCCCUGAACUUGAUUUCUACAGACAACUAAGCAUUCAAACUCGUAUUAAUCUCCAACUUACAAAAUGAUUAUAGAGAUAUUUUUGAAAUUUAUGUGUGAAUGUUUAACGAGACAUAAUGAGGAUAGGAUUGAAGUGUUUAGUUGUCAUUUGAUAUACAUUAUCAAAGUUAAAGUGUUUGAUAUAAUUAUGUUUGAUUGUGGAUGUAUGUACUUGUUGUUAUAAAGGGAUCUUGAAAUGAAUUC